ACGGGGGGGAGGGGGCGUAGAGGAGGGUAUUGUUAUUUCUAAUAAAAAGUUUUUAUUCCGAAAUUUCUCUGGGAAAAGGUAGUACAUUUUUCCCGUGAGAAGAAAAGGAUGGGGGCAGAAGGGGGGGCACCUCUCUAAAGUUUAUAUCGACAUGCAGCACUUAGAGAUCCUCACAUCCUCUGGGAUACUGAUCUAUCCAGUGAUCUCGGGCCCCCCCAAAAUAGCAGUUAGGCGCGGUACCGUGAGGGAAACUUUACGCCUCUAAACAAGACAUGAUAAUAAACGCCGAAACACACACCGAUUCCAUAAAUCAGUGCGCAAGCAUCGCGCGCCAGGCGCGUCCGGGUAGAGCGCACAGCCUAGGGUACCGCGCUUCAUCGCGACCAUCUCACCCCGGAAGGGAGUCCUCAAACAAGCAGGCUUCCGACAGGACAGGCUCAAAGUAGUUGGAGCGGCUGACGCCGAGAACCGGGGAUGCCUCCGAGGCUCUGGCGCUUCCGAGAGAGCACACCCCGGAGAAUCCAGUUCGGGGAAAUGAGUUGGACUAGAGCAGAUCCCGAGCAGAGCCACAGCAGGGCCGGAACAGGGCUGGGGCUCUGGAGGCUCGGCCCACCCGCAGGCGACCUCGGGGAGAGGACUGGGCUCGGCAGUACCGGAGCCAGCGCAGUGCGCUCCUACCCUCCACCCCCACCCCACCACAAUCCAACACACCCCAGACACACUCCGCGGGCGGGUAACUACCCACGCCUGCCCCUCCCCCGGUGGCAUGAAGGGAGAGUGGAGAGAGAGCGAAAGGGAAGCCAGCGGAGAAUAGGGCGCAGAGCCCAGGGUCCCAGAGAAGUCUCGUCCUCUAUGGGACCCCCGGGAAAGGGCAGCCCAGUUGCGGGGGGAGGGGAGGAGUAGAGCGGGUGGUAAAGGCCAAGGCGGUGGCGACGCGCGCACAAGGCCCCUUUAAGGUUCUCCCCUCCCACCAGCGGCGCCGGCCUCCGCCCGUCGCUCUCCCCGCCCCGGGGUCCCGGCGAGAGCUGCGAUUGGGCGGGCGCGGCGAUCCCUUUGAAGUGUGGCUGCCGAUCGCGGCUAUUUGACGUGCGGCUCGCGGAAGGCGAAGGUUUUUGUGUGGCUCGCCUGGGCUAGUGGCGGCGGCGGUGGCGUCGGUGGAGGAGGGGUGGAGGCGCGGCGACUGCUGCACCGCGCUCCACGCUGCGGAGCGAGCCCACCCGCUCCGGGAGCUCGCCUCCUCGGUGCUCCCCCUCCCUCCCCACCCCCCCAGUGGCGCUGCCUCCUCCAAAUGAGCGAUUCGCCCGCUGGAUCUAACCCAAGGACACCCGAAAGCAGCGGCAGCGGCAGCGGCAGCGGCGGCGGCGGCGGGAAGAGGCCGGCGGUGCCGGCGGCGGUGUCCCUCUUGCCCCCGGCGGACCCCCUGCGCCAGGCGAAUCGGCUCCCUAUCAGGGUCCUGAAGAUGCUGAGCGCUCACACCGGCCACCUCCUGCACCCGGAGUACCUGCAGCCGCUGUCCUCCACUCCCGUCAGCCCCAUUGAGCUGGACGCCAAGAAAAGUCCAUUGGCGCUGCUGGCCCAGACUUGCUCGCAGAUCGGCAAGCCGGACCCGCCGCCCUCCUCCAAGCUCAACUCGGUAGCGGCGGCGGCCAACGGGCUGGGAGCGGAGAAGGACCCUGGCCGCUCCACCUCGGGUGCCGCCUCCGCGUCUGCGGCGCUCAAGCAGCUGGGGGACUCCCCGGCUGAGGACAAGUCCAGCUUCAAGCCCUACUCUAAAGGCGCCGGUGGCGACUCUCGUAAAGACAGCGGCUCCUCCUCCGUGUCCUCCACCUCCUCUUCGUCCUCCUUGUCCCCGGGAGACAAGGCGGGUUUCAGGGUCCCCAGCGCCGCCUGCACACCCUUUCCCCCGCAUGGAGUGCCAGUCUCCGCGUCGUCCUCCUCGUCGCCGGGUGGCUCCCGGGGAGGCUCUCCGCAUCACUCUGACUGCAAGAACGGCGGUGGGGGUGGCAGCGGGGAGCUGGACAAGAAAGACCAGGAGCCCAAGCCCAGCCCGGAGGCUGCAGCCGUGAGCCGCGGGAGCAGUGGGGAGCCUAGCGCGCAUGGCGGCGGUGCCGAGGCCGGGACAUCCGGGCGCAAGUCGGAGCCGCCCUCGGCGCUGGUGGGGGCCGGCCACGUGGCGCCGGUGUCACCCUACAAACCGGGUCACUCGGUGUUCCCGCUGCCACCCUCCAGCAUCGGCUACCACGGCUCCAUUGUGGGAGCCUACGCCGGCUACCCCUCUCAGUUCGUGCCUGGCCUGGAUCCUAGCAAGUCUGGCCUCGUGGGAGGCCAGCUAUCCGGGGGCCUGGGCCUGCCACCCGGCAAGCCCCCCAGUUCCAGCCCGCUCACCGGGGCCUCCCCACCCUCCUUCCUGCAGGGAUUAUGCCGCGACCCCUACUGCCUGGGAGGUUACCACAGCGCCUCGCACCUCGGCGGCUCCAGCUGCUCCACUUGCAGCGCACACGACCCGGCAGGGCCCAGCCUGAAGGCUGGCGGCUACCCACUGGUGUACCCCGGGCACCCCCUGCAGCCCGCCGCGCUCUCGUCCAGCGCUGCCCAGGCCGCACUCCCGGGCCACCCGCUCUACACUUACGGCUUCAUGCUGCAGAACGAACCGCUGCCGCACAGCUGCAACUGGGUGGCAGCCAGCGGGCCAUGCGACAAGCGCUUCGCCACCUCGGAGGAGCUGCUCAGCCACCUACGGACUCAUACGGCCCUGCCGGGCGCGGAGAAACUUCUGGCCGCCUACCCUGGGGCCUCCGGCCUGGGUAGCGCCGCUGCAGCCGCGGCCGCAGCCUCUUGCCAUCUGCACCUACCCCCGCCCACCGCCCCGGGCAGCCCCGGGUCGCUGUCAUUGAGGAGUCCACACACUUUGGGGCUAAGCCGGUACCACCCCUAUGGCAAGAGCCACCUAUCCACAGCUGGGGGCUUAGCCGUACCGUCCCUCCCCACAGCCGGACCUUACUAUUCACCAUAUGCGCUGUACGGACAGAGACUAGCCUCAGCCUCCGCGCUCGGAUACCAGUAACUACAGCUCUUCGUCCCCCCAACCUCCCCAUGGCCUCCUCACCCCCUCCUCAGCCUCCCUUUCCCCAGCCGCCUGGCCUCGCUGCAACCUCCACUACUGCUUGUCCCUGCCGGAUUUCCCCACCCAGACCCUCCCCACCGGACUGUGUAUUUAUUUACUAUAAUGUUAGCUUACAAGCUGGGAAUAUAAGUGCAUUAACGGCCCACACGAGUCAAUGGUAUGCAAAAAGUCUGUGUUCCCCCAAAUAAUAAUAUUAAUCACAAAUAACUACAUGUUCCCUGCCCCUCUUCCUUUCUUUUUUUUCUUUUCAUUAGAUAUAAGUUUAAUUUUUUUUUCCGUUUGCUUUUUUUUUUUCUUUUUUGAUUCGUUUGGUUUUAGGGGAAGAGGGAGAGUUGGGGUUCUGGGGUUCUUUGUUUUGUUCUCCCUUCCUGGGGGGUUUCUUGCAUGCUUCUUUACCGUUAAAAUUACAUUGUUAAAAUUACAUUUUCCCCUUCUCUUUUCCCCUCUUUUCCCUUAAUUCCCUUGUUUCCUUCCAUUUGAGGUUCCGUUUUUUUUCCUUUGUACAAGUAACAGAAGAUUUUUUUUUUGUAUCGCAUUGGGGCGCAUUGGGGCGGGGUUCGGGGGUACAAGGAGGGGCCUUGGUAGCAGGAGGUCUUGCCCUCUGUUGACCCGGAACUCUGCUCUGUGACACCUCCUCUGCGACCCUCUCCUUCUAGGGUCUUUGGUCUGUGCCCUGGCCCCCAAAAUUAGAGCCUUGCUCCCCUACCUAAUUGCUCUGAGCACGGAGAGCCCUGAGAGAGGGGCCUGAGUGGCCUCAGACAGAGCCUUUCCGGUUCCAGACUUCUGGGCCCCAAACAGCCGGUGAUCCCACUGCCCGCUGGUGGGGGGCCUGUAGGGCUCAUCUUAAUUCAAUUAUAAGUCCUAGAAAGCCCUGCUGGCGUGAAACUUUGCUCUUUAUAUUUUGCGAAGUGCUUUUAUAGUCAUUGUUUUUCUCUCCUUUAUUGGGGCAGUGGUCCCUCUGGCGGUGGGGGGGGGUGUCAGUGAUCCUUGCUAGAUCCCUCCAAAGCAGACCCGUGGCAAUACCAGCGGGCAGAACAACAUUAUAUUUCGUUGGGGGCAGGCUGGAGAGUCAGGGAGCCUACAGAUCACAGCAGCCCCGACGCCGCCUCCCACGCCUGACCCAAGAGUCCCCAAAGUUGGCCAUGGCUUCCAUGGGCUCCCUCAGUGACGGAUUGAAGACUCGGGCCCUGGUUCUUCUCCCCACACCAUCCCUCUUCCUGGUCUUAUACAGCAGCGUGGGGGCUGCAGGGCCUGUUUGAGAUAAAUAGAGCUCUCCCUUGGUAAGACAUAUUUUGUUAAUAAAUGAAAUACUUGGCUAUAUUCA